AUGCGUAGCUAGUUGAGCAUUGGCCAGCUACAUUUUGGGCGGACAUAGAGAAGAGAAUAUUCGCGCUCAUCCGGGCUGGCACGACUGGCACGACUUGGCCAUCCUAAGAACUGAAAUGUUUACUUUCUCGAUUGGUCACGGCUUUCAGCGUCGGGCUUGCGUUGAAGCACGAGCAAUAUGGCGACUCCGCCGCAGAACACUGCUGACCCCGAGAAGACGCAGCUGCAAAAGCUCCAAAAUGCGGAGGUGACGCUGCUUACAAUGGAGAAGGAGGAAGUGGUGGUCUACCAUAAUCCGUUGUGGAGGUGCCUCCACUUCAUGGGCGCAUUCAUGUUACCUGGGCUUGGAAUGUUCUGCGAGGCUUACUUCGUCUUCGCUGUCGGCAACCUGUCUGCCGUGUGGAAAGCCGAGUACCCCGACUGCUGGGCCACCCACACCACGUGCCCCAAGAAGCUGUCGGACUCCAUCACGUACACGCAAGUGUGCGGCAUUAUCUUCGGCCAGCUGGUGUUGGGCUUCUUUGCUGACCGCAUCGGGCGCAAAUGGGGCUCUGUCUCCACGGCAGCAACCAUGGUGGUCGGCGGCAUCCUGAUUGUGGCGAGCGCCGGCCCCACGGACCGCGCGCUGUGGGCCAUGUUCACAGCGGUGCAGUUCAUCUUCGGUAUAGGCGUGGGCGGCGAGUACCCGGUCGCGUCCACCUCCGCAAACGAGCGCGCGGAGAGCAGCGUCGCCCUGUCCAAGCGUCGCGGCGAGACCGUGGUGCUGGUGUUCUCCAUGCAGGGUUGGGGCAACCUGGUCAACACCGCCGUCAUCAUUGCAAUCAUGGCCGGCUUCAACCAGUACCACCCGCCGUACAGCAGCUACGCCCUGGAGGUGACGUGGCGCCUGUCGUACGCCAUCGGCCUCAUCCCGCUCAUCAGCAUCCUGCUGUACCGCGUCUUCCACCUGCGCGAAUCGGCUGUGUGGCAGAAGAAGCGCGAGGCGCUGCGGGCCAUGGGCGGCGCCAAGGCCAGCGGCGUGCAGUGGCGCAAGUUCAGCCUGCUGAUGCGCUACUACUGGCACCGCAACUUCGGCACGGCCAUGAGCUGGUUCGUGUGGGACUUUGCCUUCUACGGCAACAAGCUGUUCCAGUCUACGUUCAUCAAGAUCAUCAACCCCCAUGCCAGCGUCAUCCAAAUCCUGGAGUGGACGCUGCUCAACAGCGCCGUGGCCCUGGUCGGCUACUACUUUGCGGCCUUCACCAUUGACAAGCCGUGGAUGGGCCGCAUGCGCAUGCAGAUCAUGGGCUUCUCUUGGAUGUUUGUUCUCUUCCUCAUCUGCGCCGUGCACUACGACGCGCUGAGCACGCCCAAGUGGAUCCACGCCUUCCAGUUCCUGUACUACUUCUCCAGCUUCUGGGGCCAGUUCGGCCCCAACGCCACCACCUGGCUGCUGCCCGCCGAGCUGGCGCCUACCGAGGUCCGCUCCAUGUGCCACGGCUUCUCGGCCGCCGUGGGCAAGGCCGGCGCGCUGGUGGCGGGUGUGGUGUUCGGCCUGGUGGACAACCGCACCAAGUUCUGGAUUUCCGCCUUCUGCGGUCUGGCUGGCGUGAUCCUGACCCUCAUCACCAUCCCCGACGUGACCACCCUGGACCUGCGCGAGGGCGACCGCCGCUGGCUGGCCAUCCUGGACGGACACCACGACAUGUACCACGGCGAGGCCGUCAACCCCAAGAACCUGUCGCUGAUUGAGCGGCUGAUGGGCUAUGGCAAGCUGUACAAGCCUCACGCGGGCGAGCAGUAUGCAGUUGAUAAGUCCAGCGAUGAUAGCACGCCGGAAGGUGUUAAGGGCAUGGACGGCAUUGAGCAGCCCGCAAAGUAGGGGAAGCACGGGCGCGGGAAGCGGUUUGAAGCGCAUGGGGCCUCAAGCUUGGUCACUGUCAGGUGGCAGGGGGCUGGUCGCAUGAGGCUGUGGGAGUAGUGGCGUGAAGGGUACCGUACUGGUGUGGGGUUUCACGAAUGUACAAAGCACUGCGGCUGCGCGGCGCUGAAUUUGUGCUGAAGUACGCUUAGCAAGCUGUGCAAUGUGACAGGACAUUGGAACGGGGAAGUAGGUCAGUGCAGAACUGGAUGCAAUGUCGUAACGCCGCGAGGGGACAAUUAGAACGGGCAAGAUGGUGCCGUACGCCGCAAUUCACAAGGCGUAAGCGGAUAGACUUUAUCUGCAUUGACAUGCAUGCGCCUUGAUGAAUGGCUGCAGUGGAUGGAGGACGUUGAGAGCUUUCCGCACCGGAUACCAAAUUUCGGUUGACAUUGCGUGAUUCCGUCAAUUCUUUAUCGGAUCGGACGCGGGGGUGUGUUGCUGUUGCGUUUCAAGGUUGGCAGUGUGCAUCCUUUCCACCGUAACGAGACUGCGCCUGACGGAUAGUGUACGUUGCACGGAUGCAUGAUGGCUAUAAGAACGUCGUCCAUGCGGGCGCUGGAGGAGUUGCAUUGUAACCGCGCUCUUCA